AUGAAGUCAUCCACCAAACGACCACACAUGGCAAGGAACAACAAGAAUAGUCAUUCAACACUAGCUAUUCUUGUUAUCUUGUCCGUUCUUCUGUCAUCCAUGUUCGUCUUUGUUUACAUGGCCAGUGAAGUCUCCGCAGCGAGCAAACCAAACCUUAAACGCACCAAGCGAGUGAAGUAUUACAACGAUCGAGAAAUUUAUGACGACAUUGUGAAUGCUGAUCGUGAUGAAUUUGUCGACGAUAUUCCCAUUGAGAAAGAUGAUUCAGACGACGAAGAUAACAUUGAAUACGAGAACUUUAUUGCUUGUGGUAGUGGCAAUCAACGAGUGGUCGACAAGAUUGAUUCUGACUCUUAUGGUGGUGAUGACAGCACUUCCUCUCCUCAGCAAGCCUCUCGUCUCCUUUUCAAUCCUUUCAUUUACUACAAGAAUCUCUUGCAUCAAGACUUACAAAACACUCGAUACUAUGGUGAACAACUCCACAAGAGACAAUUAAGACAACUUCAACCACAAGGUCAAACUCCAAGUGAGGAUCCUCAAUUAGCAGCCAAUUACAAUGACAUUGCCAAAAAGUACGCCAACAAUUUGGCCAAUCAUGCCAAAUACUUGUACAAGUAUCGAUCCUUUGCACCAGCUGCCUAUCGUAAAUACAUUGUCAAUGUUUAUGAGUAUUCGAAACGUGUGGUAGAGGUGGCCAAAGUUCAAAACUGGAAUGGUUACUUGUAUUAUUUAAAUGUUGUGGUUGAAUACUAUCGAAAGAUUGAAGUGUUGGAACAAGUAGGUUACGGAAUGAAUGGACAGUAUGUUCAGUCCACUCCUGUGGCCACCUACAAUGCAGCACUCGGUUCUCCUCAAUACUAUGGCACUGGUAUUCCUCCAGCAGGAGGAGCAAGUACGACUGUUGGUGCUGUUGGUGGUGCUGUUCCCUAUGGUGCUGUUCCUCCUGCUGCUGCUUCGUAUUAUCCCUAUGCCUCCUCACCUUAUUAUGGAAUGGCAAGACAGCCCCCAACACCUUACUAUGGUGGUUAUCCUACAGCUUACUAUGGUUAUGGCUAUCCCAAUAGUUACUACUAUUAUCCACAACAACCACAAGCGUACACGUAUCCUUCAGUGGCCAUGAUGAAUACUCCAAUGGUGGCUACUACUGGUGGCACAUAUAAGAGUGAUCCAAAUGUUGUGGUGGGAGUAGGAGAAGGAGGAGGAGGAGGAGGAGGAGGACAGAACUCAACAGCAGGCUCUUCUUCAUCCUCUUCUUCUUCGAACACAACCACUGCAAGCAACAAUCCUAACUCUGGUCAAGCAGUUGCAGCACCCUCUUCAAGUGAUGUGGAAGAAAAACGUUCUUCAACUGCUGCCACCACGACAACUACUCGUAAACUAAAGAGAUCCACGACGGAGGAGAUGAGUUCACAUGAAGGAACCUUUGGCGAUGAUGUCGUUCCUUCAGAGCCUUUCACCUUUGAAUUACUGAUUUAG